AUGGACCAAGGAAAUAACUCAAGAGUGACUCAAUUUGUGUUGCACAGUCUUUCAGGUCCUCAGGAGCUACAACUUUUCUAUUUUGCAUUUUUCACACUCUUCUGUUCAUCCAUUGUGCUGGGAAACCUCCUCAUUGUGCUUACGGUCCUCUCUGAACCUGCACUACACACACCCAUGUACUUCCUGCUCAGCAACCUCUCCUUCAUCGAUGUGUGUCUAUCCACCUUUGCCACUCCCAAAAUGAUUAUUGACUUCCUCAAGGAGCACAAGACCAUCUCCUUUGAGGCCUGCAUGGCCCAGAUAUUCUUUCAGCAUGUCUUUGCCGGUGGUGAAAUGAUGCUCCUUGUGGCCAUGGCAUAUGAUAGGUAUGUAGCCAUAUGUCAACCCCUGCACUAUGCAGCCACCAUGAAUGUACACAAGUGUACAGGUCUUGUCGUGGGCUCCUGGCUUGUUGGGGUGUUGCACUCAGUAAGCCAGUUGAUCUUCAUAGUAAAUCUUCCAUUCUGUGGUCCAAAUCAAGUGGACAGCUUUUUCUGUGACCUUCCUUUAGUCAUCAAACUUGCCUGCACUGAUAUCUAUAUCUUUGAGAGACUGAUGCUUUUAAACAGUGGUCUAAUAGCUACAAGCUCUUUUGUGCUCUUGUUUAUCUCCUACACAGUCAUUCUGAUCACCUUGAGACUUCGAUCCUCAAUAGGCAUGGCCAAGGCCCAGGCCAUACUGACUGCCCAUGUCACUGUGGUGACCCUUUUCUUUGGGCCCUGCAUUUUAAUCUAUACCUGGCAUUUCAGCAACUUCCUAGUGAAUAAUAUCCUCUCAAUAUUCUAUACUGUUUUCACCCCUCUCUUAAACCCCUUGAUCUACACAUUCAGAAAUAAGGAGGUAAUAUCAGCAAUGCAGAAACUGAUGAGGCGAAAAGUAAGUUCUUAA